AUGGCUACCAAAACCCUAGAAGCUCGCUUCGAACAUCUUACCGUGCACGAUGAGAACGAAGCGCCUACGGGCACUAUGCUCAAGUCAAAGGCAGCCUGUCAAGGAACUAUCGCAAGCCUCCCCCAAAGCCAGACGCGGCCGAACCUGGUGAAAUACGCACUUCAAGCCUCGAACGAAUCGAGACAAAACGCUGCUCAUGUCACGACCGUCACAACCACAACCACAACCACAGUGCCUACACUACCUCCAUCGCCGGUGCGGAAAGCCGUGACUUCGUCACGCACAUCCGAAGACCACAACGGCGCAGCACAUAAACAAGGGGCGGCGUUGAAUUUCUUCGAUCAGCCACAAGCUCCCAAACAAUUCCACCUGGGCAUGUUUGAGAUCGGAAAGCCCCUGGGGAAGGGAAAGUUUGGUCGUGUGUAUCUAGCCAGAGAGCGGUCGUCGGGAUUUGUCUGCGCCUUGAAAGUCCUCCAUAAAUCCGAGCUGCAACAGGGGAAGGUCGAGAAGCAGGUGCGGCGAGAAAUCGAAAUCCAGUCGAAUCUGAGACACCCCAACAUCCUGCGGCUGUUCGGGCAUUUCCACGACAGCAAGCGAAUAUUCCUCAUCCUGGAAUUCGCCGGCAAAGGGGAGCUGUACAAGCAUCUCCGGAAGGAAAACCGAUUUCCCGAGUGGAAAGCGGCGCAGUACAUUGCUCAAAUGGCUGCAGCACUCAAAUACCUACACAAGAAGCAUGUCAUGCAUCGGGACAUCAAACCCGAAAACAUCCUGGUGGGGAUACACGGCGAGAUCAAGAUCUCGGACUUUGGCUGGUCGGUCCACGCUCCAAACAAUCGGAGACAGACCAUGUGCGGCACCUUGGAUUACCUUCCACCGGAGAUGCUCAAGCCCGGCAGCUCCGAUAAUUUUUACACUGAAAAGGUGGAUCUCUGGAGUUUAGGUGUGCUCACCUAUGAAUUCCUGGUUGGCGAGGCGCCAUUUGAAGAUACGCCGAUCAUGACACAGCGACGAAUUGCUCGCGGCGACAUGACUAUUCCGAGUUUUGUGAGUGCAGAAGCCAAAGACCUUAUCCAACGUCUGCUUGUUCUUGACCCUGAGAUGAGAAUUCCUCUCGAAGACGUCCUUCGACAUCCCUGGAUCGUCAAGCACUGCGUGACCAAGGGUGGAGAGCGUGGUUCACAAAGAGCGUCUAACAGCAAACGCUCGAGCUCAGAACAAUGA